CUUGCGGGGGGCCAUACAGCAGGCCAGUCAACAGCAAACACAUCACGAACCGAAACGAGAUUGUGACGACGGUAGCCCUAUCUCCAGACAAGCGCCGGGUUGGCUCCCUGUCUCAUCCCCAUUGCCAUCGACACGGCUACGGAUCAGACAGUGCGUAUCGUGAGUCUGAACUGCCCCGCGCCUCAGGUGGCGGAGUUGGCAGCUCCCCGUGCCCGAAGAUUGGGUUUGGGGCCGUCGAGCUCCACGAAGUGCGCCGGAAGACUCCUCCGACCCGUGGGUAGUUGCCCUUGUCCGCAAUAAUCGUCACCAUGAACAACAGGGUCGGCAAUGCAAGCGCGUCGAGGAUCCUAAGGCGGUCUCCUAACGCAUGCGAACGAUGUCGAAAACAAAAGAUUCGUUGCAGCGGCUGUUUGCCGUGCGAUGCAUGCACCAAGCGCAAUCUAGCCUGCCAUUUCAACGAGAAGCAUCGAAGGGUUGUGGUUACUCAAGGCUAUAUACACGAACUCCAGAAGAAGGCGGCCCGACAGAACGAUGCCCCUCUACGGCAAGAGAUGACCGUAAUGCGACAGCAGCCUGAUGAUUAUGACCGGUCAUCUCCUUCCAACCCUGGAGACGACGAGGGCUUACAGCGCCAUCGGCAGCCGAGCGGGAUUCGGGAUGGCGACGGAACCUCGACGCGCGGGACGAGCGAGGAGCCGGCCCUGACAAAUUUCCUGGCAACUGACUGCUCGACGUUUAUGACAGCAAAUAACGGCAUGACCUUCUACCUGGGCUCGACAUCAAACUGGACCUUUACCCAAAAGAUUCUCAGUAUGGUCCACGAGCGCGUGUGCAGGAAUCGCCUUCCCGACACGAGUCGCAACAUUGAAGGACUUGGCAACGCAUACGAUCUUCAAUGGGAUGGAACCUCCAUGUGUGCUGACCCGCUUUCUGCAACGGUCCCGACCAUCGACCAUGCGAUAUACCUCAUCAACGCUGUCAAAUUUCACUGCGCCCAGCUGUUCCAUGUCUUCGAUGAGGACACAUUCAUGCCCGCCCUGUACCACUUCUACGAGAAUCCGGAUCGAAACACGACCGACAAGGUGUGGUUGGUGCACUUCUUGGUUAUCCUAGCAUUUGGGAAGGGGUUCACAGUCAACAAGAAUGGAAAGGACCCGCCUGGAGUUGAGUAUUUUAUACAAGCGCUUCAACUGUUACCAAACAUGCUCGUGCUGUGGAGGUACCCCGUACACUCAGUCGAGGUCCUUACGUGUAUUGCAUUGUACCUAACAUGCCUGGACUACCGGAUCGUGGCUCACAAUUUUAUGGGUCAAGCAAUGCGCCUGGCGUUGAACUAUGGCCUACACACGAACAUCAGAUCCGACCGUUUCGGCGUUGCGUCAGUAGAGCGGAUACGCAGGGCUUGGUGGACAGUAUUUAUACUGGACCGCGAAAUGACAGCGGUCGCGGGACUACCGCAGUCCAUCGAGAUCCAGGAUGUCUACUGCCAAUUGCCGGCAUUUUCCGGUUCGGUCACGCGCAUCUCGGCACUCAAGAUGCAGCUCAAGUUGUCUCGGCUGAUUGCUGACAUCAACCGCAAUGUAUACGGUGUCGGCGGCCGGCUGAAUAGCGGAUUUCAAAGCGGCAUCAAGGGCGCCCUGGCAGACAUUGCUGGCGCGCACGAAGAACUGCAGCACUGCUUCCCAUUAUGUCUGGAGCAGAAGACAGAUGGGAUAUCCAAGACUUCUGCGUACCUGCACCUGGAGUACCACCGGUGCAUCAUCCUUGCAACGCGUCCGUUGCUGUUCUGCUUCCUGAAGCUUCGACUUGAAUCUAGAGAGGACUGCCAGUCUAAACUUAACAGCUCCAGGACAUCUCGCAACUUCAUCCAGACAUGCCUUGACUCGUCAAUACAGAUUCUGACGAUCCUGGAGUCACUACUUGGCCAGUCUUUGAUAGAUCCAUUCUUGCCAUUCAGCCUGGAUCAGCUUUCUGCGGCGACGAUCAACGUGCUCGUGGCAACGGCCCUUGACCACAGCUUGAUCGAUAACGCCUCCAGGUGGAUCACGGCUUCAUAUUCUGUCUUCGACGACAUGAUCACGAGCGGGAACCAAGUCGCUGUGUUGCGGAAAGGAGAACUAGACCAUCUGAGGAAGAUGUUGGAGGAGCUAAAUACAGUAUCACAGACAGCAUGGCAGCCUGGUCACACGCCGCCCCAGCAAGCCGGGGAUCAGCAAGAGUCUCCGCUGGAGGGUCCCCUGACGGACUCGACGAUAUUCGUCUCGAGAACCUCGGAUUUUGAUCCUUCAUGCUCAAAUCUGGAAAUAGACCCUUCAGAGCCACUUACGACUACAGAUCUCAUGGAUUUAGCAAACUCGAUUGAUGAUAUCGAUAUAGAGUGGAUCUCGCAGACCAUAGGGCAUGACCGGAUUUGGUAGCGACAGGGCACCAGGGGGCAAUUUUGCUAAUAAGCACGUCUACUUAUGACUA